AUGAAGCAAUUGUUAUGGCCGCGAUUCUCCUGGGCCAUGAUUUGGACAAUUCUAUCCAUGGCUGCUGCAAUGAAGCUCGGGCAGGAGUCGAACACCGAUGCAGAAGCUACCGUCCACAUGCACACCGCAGACUCUGAACACCUUCACGGGUCUGCAGGCGAGAUGCAGCGCAAGCUGCUGGCCCGCUCGAGAAGCACGUCGAAUGAGCGAGCCAGCGCAUUCGUAUCAAGUUCUGAUGACUCACUCGAUGCCGCAGUGUCGGGAAAGAUUUUCGGCAGCAUCGUCGACACUUUUGAACAGCUGGGAAGCGUUCUUACGGAUGCAGGCAUGGAAAUCGGCACGGCUGUGGGCAAUUCCGCCAUGGUGAUCGGCAAACGAGUCAUCGAACCACCGAAGUUGAAAUUCGAUGAAGGCUUGCUGGGUGUAGUCAGUUCCAUCGGAACAGCUCCCCUACAGCUCAGCGACAGAACCACUGAUGUUAUAUCAGUUACAGCGCGGCAAGCAACCCAGCUGGCACGAACCACGUUGGAGCAUGCGAAGAAAGGAGUUGCACAGGGCGAGAAGAUCGCCUCAAAGGUUGGGAACCUCAUCGUAGACAAGGCCAGUGUGUUGGGAAACCCGAUCGACAAGGUUGGGCCUUUGGCAGCAGGCUUGCUGAGUGACGCCUGGAGUGAGAUCAAGUCGUCCCUCAGUUGCUUCGACAUCAAGCUCUCUCUUUGCCACCUCCUGCUUGAGAGGCAGUGUGAUUGCGACGCAGGAAGCUACGUCAACAUCACGGGCGACUGGAUGGAAGUGCGGUGCGUCUUCUCGCGCACCUCCGAGUUUACAAAAUCUUUGGGUGUCAGGGCCACGGUGGACAGUGAUGGCGACAGCAACCUCCUGCCCGGAGGCGAGUAUGAGGAGGCCUAUUCGACGUGGGAAGACCUAAAAACGUCCACAGAGGGCUUGAACGCGAUGCAAGCGGAAGGCCCGGAGGGCGCCUGCGAAACAGAACUGAAAGUGGCCGUGGACGGGAAGACGCAGUGGAGCCCCGACAUGACCGUGUAUGUGGAGGAGAACGGAGACACCAGGAUCAGAAUCAGCGCCUCAGUUCAGGGCUCCUACGACACGAUCGUUACAGGACAGGGCAGCUGCAGCUACACGCUCAGACGAGGCAUACCGGAACAGCCCAAGACGAAGGUGUUUUGUGCCGGGAAGUUCUGCGUCAUGAUCUCGCUUCAAAUGAUUGCAGAACUGGUUGGAGAGGGGGUCCUCACUGGAACCAUCGACAUGUCGAACGAUGUCGAAUUCCAGAUCUCCGCCGAAGUCUUCGCCAAGAAGAACGGCGAGUUCACAGUUUCUUUUAGCAGCAACGAAGUCACGCACGAGGAAGCCGCUCAGAUCGGGGCGAGUGCAGAAGCAAGGUUGACACUCAGUGUGGGGCCAGAGCUCGUAGUGUGGCCUAUGCCUGGUAUUCCGAUUACACUUGCGCCCAAGUUCCACGCUGAAGCCAAAGCGAAGGGCACUAUCGGAGUCCCUGCAAGCUCGCUCCUUCAGGAAUCGGAGUCGGUGUCCCAUCCCGGGAACCGCCCAAAUGCAAGCGUGGAGCUGCUGGAGUCCAAGACCCUGACCGACAAGCUGAAGCCGUGCCAUGCCGCCGCCGUGAGUUUGUACACCGACUUUACCAUCACCGGCUUCGGGAUCCCACAGUGGUUGAAAGAUUGGUUGAAGGACGAUUUUCUCCAGAGCAGGAUCAGAGACGCCAUCAAAGAAGGUGCAAAAGCGAUGCUGCAGAUGUGGCCAGACGAUUGCGUCCCUGGUGGUGAGGUCAAGCUCAAAGUCGAGCAGGCUGCCAUUGAUGCAGGGCAUGCUAUUGCGGCCCUUAUCCCCGGGCUGCAGAUCAACUGGGACUUGAAGCCGAUUCUCCUGCUAAAGCCUCAGAUCUUCUUCUGUAAGGAGGUGUGGACAGCACCGGAGAGGCCGGAGUUCGAGAAGGCCCCCUGCGCCGAAGACCUCGGGUGCCGGACCGCUGGCCAGGACCCGCCCGAUGACUCGGAGGUGGAGGCUGUGCCGCCGGAGCAGGUGGUCACAAAAAGUCUAGAGUCAGAGGACGCCUCGUCCUGCCCCAGCGGUCUCAAAAUGGGCGACCGCCUGAUCGAGCUGGGCGACUUUCGCAUCGCCGAAAUCGAUGUGAACCACCUUUCGCUCUCGCACAGGGACGGGAGGGUCGGCGUGGUGUGGAAGAGCGACGGAGAAGUUUGGCGCGGCCAUCUUCGCGAAGGAAGAACAGAAACUACAUGGGCGAAAUACAACUCCUGGGGACUGAACAGGCCUGUCGGACCUGGAAAAGGCGAAAACAUUAAGUUCGGCUAUGAGUUUAUCCAGAUUGGCAAGUUCCGCCUCGGGGCCAUCGCCAACGAAGACCACUCAUACUUCUCGGUCUCGCAUGCUACAACCGGGAAGACGGCGAUGGUCUUAGACGACGAAGGGACUCACAUGUGGGGACCCCGCGAUGACAAAGAUGUCAUGGAUCGCCCUGACGGAGUUGCGGCGGGCAUAAGCUAUGGAGACAAGUGGAUACAAAUUGGCGACUUCCGAUUUGGAGAUGCAAACGGCAACUUUGCAUUUCUCCACACCAGCAAUGUCACUCUGGAAGUGUACACGAGUGCAGGUGACUUCAUAGAGGCAGAUGAUCGUGGAGCAAUAGGAGCCAGCCUGCUUAGUUUACCUCCGGCCAGUUGGACGUGCCCGAGCAUCGGAGAUAUCGGCCACGGUAAGUGCAGCGAGGACUUCGGAGGGUGGGGGGAUCGCUUCGUCCAGCUGGGAGACUGGCGUCUGGCAGCUAUCGAUGAAGACAACUUCGCUUUUGUGCACAAGAACGGCGAGAAUUCCGAGAUCUUCAAGAGCGACGGCACCCGCGUGCAGGGACGAUUCAGUGACCGCGUCUGGCGGAGGCCCCUCGGCUUUCCCUACGGUAUCACCUUCGGGCAAAACUUCAUCCAGAUCGGCAGCUUCCGCUUGGCAGCGUUUGACUGGAAUCACCUGUCAAUCUCUCACCAGAGUCACCAGACACCGCAGACCUGGCGUGGACAUGAUGCGAGCUUGUGGCCUAAGCUUAACAGUAUCUGGAAUGCUUGGCAAGGCCGCGACGCCAUCACCGCUGGCCCUCCUGCAGGCGUCGGGUACGGGGACAGGUACUUGCAACUUGGCAGGUUCCGCAUCGGAGUGGCGGACUCUACAAACAAUUGGCUGUUCGUGACCCACACUGACGACGGCGGUGACGGGAGGGUCAUUCAGGCCUGGAAAUCAGAUGGCACCGUGCAUGACGGCCGGCGCCGUCGCCAGUGGACGCACGAAAUGAACCAUCGCAUCACACAGUGGCACUGUGGCAACAUCCAGGCCAAGCUCGGCACCUGCAGUGGGAUCACGACAGGUCCUGGCUUCAUCCAAUUCGGGGACUGGAGAAUGGCGGCCGUUGACAAGUACCACUUCUCCAUCUCGCACCGCUCCAGAUUGUCCUCCGUGAUUUUCAGGGGGUCGGAUGGGACGGUCCACGAUGGACCCUUCCCUCACAACCCCCCUUCGAAAAAUGGUUGGGACAAUCGCGAGUCCGGGUAUGUGCCUGCGGGGGACCUGCAGGAAGUGAAGAUCGGAAAUCGUUUCAUCGAGUUCGGCAAGUUUUGGCGGGUGGGCGAAUUUAACGCUAUGCUUUCCAUCUCUCAUUCCAGUGGCCAGACACCGCUGGUCUUCCAGGAAGAUGGUACCUUGGUGCCAGGGCCCAGCACGGAUAACAACCUUUUCAUUCGUCGUGGGGAGCCCAAGGGCGUCACCUUCGGUGAUCGCUUUGUGCAAAUCGGCAACUUCCGACUUGGAGACGUGGACGGGUGGCACUUCUCGAUCUCGCAUGUGGAGAAUGGCGCGCUGCUCGAUCUUUACACAGGAGAUGGUCUUCGCCCUGGUGGCGAUGGACGUGAGAUGUACAUGACGACGGUUGGUCGUCCGCUGCAGAGCUGCAAGGUUUUACCCGAAAAGCCUCGCCUGUUCAGCUUCGAUACCUUGUAUGCGCUCUACCACCCGGUGUACAAGCGCUACCUGAGUUUGAGUUCGGCGGCAGACAUGACAUCCGUGGCGGUCUCCAGUGGACCGAGCGACUUGCCUUACGAUCGGGCCCACGAGCGCUUCGCGGUCGUUGACGCCGGCAACGGCCUCUUUGGGCUGCACAAUGCCAAGAACAACAGGUUCAUGAUGCUGGAAGGAGUGGAGAUGAUGGCCUCUCCACUUCGAGCUGCUGCGUUUGGGGUGAAGGAAAACUGGGUGAGCGUGAAAUUUGAGAUCGUCGAUGCAGGUGAUGGUAUGGUGGGACUUUACAGCCCCUUCCACAAGCGUCUCGCACAAAUGCGCUCCGACGGCACGGUUCGAGCCACGAACGGACAGAUUUUUGAUGCCCAGGACCUGUCACAAAACCCGACUUGGACAGGGGAGCGCUUCUACAUGGUGCCAGUGAAGAAUUACCUUCAGCCUGCCACCAUGGUGGGCCUGUGGAACCCAACUGAGCGGCGUUUCCUCCAGAUGGACGGCGGAGUUCGCAUGGAAGGCACCGGUCAACUUGACGCCAAUUACCUCCAAGACAGCCAUACCUGGGAGCGGUUCCGGGUGGUUGAUGCCGGCAACGGGAUGGUUGCGCUGCACAACUACCAUUGGAAUAGGUAUGUCAGGAUGAUAUGGAAUGGGCAGCAGCAUGCGAUGACUGUAAGCUCGGUGUCUCCUUCCACCAGUGUCGAGCUCCCCGACGGUUGGGCUGACACAGUGGCCUUCGUCCCGGUGCCGAUCAACACGGGCAGCAAUGAGAUCGCCUUGUGGCAUCCCGGUCAUAGUCGGGCUAUGCAGAUGCAGGGUCACAUCGUGUCUCCCAGCGGAAGGUGCCAAGCGCAGGAUUUGAACAGUGGCUGGGCUGCGGCCACCUUCAGGGUGGUUCUGCUCAACGAUCCCACGCUCAUCUGA